CUUUUGAAUGCUUCAAAAAGGCAUUUUGGAUAUUAUUGCUUUCCACUUCAUGCAAGCCGGAUAAAGACCGAAAUUUCUCCCAGAUGAGAUAAUUUCAGAAAUUAUAAAAUUUAAUUAAUAAGACGAAAAAUCUAUUUAUUUAAUUGUCGAAGUCCUCUACAAAGAAUCCAUUUAUAUAAGAAAGUUAUGUAUCGUUUAAAACCCAGUUUCUUUCCAUUAAACUGCUACUCUUGAGCUAAACCAGUCAUGCUGCCUCUGCAACUAAUCUCUAUCUUCCUACUUGUCUCACCACUAUUCUCCGCCGCUCCAAUUGCCAAGCUCGGAUGCCUGGAUCGCUGCGGGGAUUUACCCAUUCCAUAUCCAUUUGGAGUCGGGUCAGAUUGCUUCCUCGACUCGUAUUUUAACAUCGACUGCAAUACUUCCACUCACCCUCCAAAAGCUUACCUCUCAAUUAUCAAUAAACAAGUGAUUGAAAUCAAUCAAACUUAUAUUCGUCUCUUAAACCCCUACAUGAUUUCAGCUUGCUAUGGUUUGUCAGUAAAUGAUCAACAUAGUUUGAGUGUGAACUUGUCCGGAACUCCCUAUACGUUUUCGUAUGAAAACGUGCUCACCGCCAUCGGCUGCGAUGAUAUGGUGCUGCGAUCCAACGGAAGUUCCGUCUUUGGAGGCUGCUCGGCGUUUUGUGCCGACAAGAAUGAUACAGGCGGCGUCGGGUACUGCCCAUAUCAUGGUUGUUGCCAGGACAACAUGUUUGAAGGUGUCUGUGGCAGGGUGAUGCAAGAGACAUCGACUUUCAUCCGACAAUGUGAGCUUGUUUGGGUGGCAGGGAUGUAGGAUCGUUUAGUACUAGGAUUUACUAUAUUUGAUUUGAGAUACUGGAGUUGCAAAUUUUAUGUUCUUAGAAGAAGUUGUGGACAUGUUGUAGAGAGAUCAAGUUGUAGAGUCUAUAUCCUUUGGACAUGUUGCUAUAGCCAACAAGUAUGCAUUUUAUACUUGUUCUAUCAAGCUUUUGUCUUUUUUUCUUUUGGAAUUUGAGCACAACAGAUUGACCCAUAAAUUCUCAAAUGUUUGACUGAUGGUUUUCUUCCACUUCAAACUUCAAUUGGAGUUCUAUUCAUCACGACUUUUGUUGGACACCGAUUCAUUAAGUGGACAACAGUAUGAACAACAUCUGCCCAAAAAAUUUUAAGCAAUCCUUUGGCAUGAAUCAUAGAUUUUGCCAUUUCCAUCACUGUUCUAUUGUUUCAUUCGGACACUGCUGAAAUGGAAAUUUUAUUGAGAAAAAAGAAAAAAGGAAAAACCUUGAAAGCACAGGCGCAGACAAGAGGUCGAGCCUCAGGAAAGAGAGCUAAAAAACACAACAAAGGAAAAAAACCACAGCUGAAAAGGAAAAGAAAAGGAAAAAAAUAAAGUACGAAAACCCUUGAAAGAACGGGCGCAGACCCACAGAAAACCCUAACAAAAAGAGACAAACCAAAAAAUGAAACAAGACGGGAAAGGGAAAAAGCCGUCGACAGACGAACGACAAAGCACAGGAAAAACAAAAGCUGCUUAGUCCACAGAGCUGAGGCUGUCCUGGUCUCCGAGCAGAGGCUGCACUGGCCUCGGAAAAGAAGCUACACUGGCACUGAGCAGAAGCUGCUCUGGCCUUUGAGCUGAAGCUGCUCUGGCCUCUGAGCUGGUGUUGCAUUGGCCUCAGAGCUGAGGCUGCACAGCCCUCCGAGUUGAGGUUGCUCUGGCAACCGAGCUGUCUCUGCUCUAGCCACCGAGC